GCACGACGUUUCCUACGUACAUGACGUCAUUUCGCUUCCUGAGCGGCGCUAAACGUUUGCCGAUUUUUUGGAUAGCUUUAUUGCCUAGUGAAAAGAGGAGCAAGGGACAGCAGCCCGGCCACAGGAAGCGCGGACGAGCUGGUACGGGAAGGCCAAUGAGAAGAGGCGGGAGAGCGGCGGCAGCAGUACCGGACCGGCCUCACCAUGAAUCUGUGCGGGAAGGAGCUGUGUAACCUGCUGGGCAUCAUGACGGAGGAGGCGUGUAGUAAUACCUUCGAGGGCCUGUCCACGGCUUUCCACCAUUACUUCACCAAGACUGACCACUUUCGGGUGGGAUCCGUGCUGGUGAUGCUCCUGCAGCAGCCCGACCUGCUGCCCACGUCCCCGCAGCGCCUCACAGCCCUCUACCUGCUCUGGGAGAUGUACCGCACCGAGCCCCUGGCUGCUAACCCCUUUGCCGCCAUCUUCGCCCACCUCUUGAACCCCCCGCCUGCGGAAGAGGCCGAGAGGCCGCUGUCAGGAUUUUUACCACCAAUUACUCCACCUGAAAAAUUCUUCCUCUCGCAGUUAAUGCUUGCUCCACCCAGGGAAUUAUUUAAAAAAACUCCCAGACAAAUCGCUGUUAUGGAUGUGACCAAUUUGGCCCAACCUGUGGACAUCAGUGGACUUCAGUUAGCUCUUGCAGAGCGGCAGUCUGAGCUCCCAACACAGAGCAAAGCCAGUUUCCCAAGUAUCCUAAGUGACCCUGACCCGGAUUCUUCUAACUCUGGAUUUGACAGUUCGGUUGCUUCACAGAUUACAGAAGCUUUAGUUAGUGGCCCAAAGCCACCCAUAGAAAGUCAUUUUCGUCCAGAGUUUAUUCGUCCUCCUCCACCUCUGCAUAUCUGUGAAGAUGAGCUUGCUUGGUUGAAUCCAAUCGAACCUGAUCAUGCUAUCAAAUGGGACAAAUCGAUGUGUGUAAAGAACAGCACCGGAGUUGAGAUCAAACGUAUAAUGGCCAAAGCAUUUAAAAGCCCCCUAUCUUCUCCUCAGCAGACACAGCUACUUGGAGAAUUGGAGAAAGACCCCAAAUUAGUUUAUCACAUUGGCCUUACCCCUGCUAAGCUUCCAGACUUGGUGGAAAAUAAUCCUUUGGUUGCCAUUGAAAUGUUACUAAAAUUAAUGCAGUCAAGUCAAAUUACAGAGUAUUUUUCUGUUCUGGUCAAUAUGGAUAUGUCUUUGCAUUCAAUGGAAGUAGUUAAUCGACUAACUACAGCUGUUGAUCUACCCCCUGAAUUCAUCCAUCUUUAUAUCUCCAAUUGUAUAUCCACAUGUGAGCAAAUUAAGGACAAAUACAUGCAGAAUCGCCUGGUGAGACUAGUCUGUGUUUUUCUCCAGUCUUUAAUAAGGAAUAAAAUAAUAAAUGUCCAGGACUUGUUCAUAGAGGUGCAGGCAUUCUGCAUAGAGUUCAGCAGGAUCCGGGAAGCAGCUGGUCUGUUCAGGCUCUUGAAGACUUUGGAUACCGGAGAAAACCCAACAGAAGCAAAACCUGCAAAAUAAGCCAUGUUCUUUAUUAUUGAACUGACCUUAUCUUGUAUAUUACCCCAUUUCAGUUUGUGGCACAAAGCAUAACAAUACUUUGCCAUAACAGCACCAUUCAGAAAAGCAGAUGGCACCAUGAUAUUGGGGACUGUGAUGUCUGAUGUUAUUACACAGUUUACUUCUUCUCCUACGUUUCCAGACACAUUAGAAUCUAUUGCUAUACAAUACUGCAACUGAGCUAUCUGUGACAGAGUGUUGUUACUCUUCUUGUUCAGUUAGAUGCUAUUAUUGUCAAGCGGUAAGUAGUUGUAAGAGGGACCUAAAUGCUGCUUGGCCAGUCUUUAUGGGUCAAUGAAAUUGAGGUUUUCACCAUGUUGUACAUAUAUUAAGUGUGUAUGUAACCAUAUUUUUUAAAGCAAAUUUCAACCUAGAGAUGCCAUGGUUUGGAAAUACAUGUGUAGAUAUAUAUAUAUUCCAUUGCAUUGCUAUAUUAACAAUGAACCUAUUGAAUAUAUUGGAUUCCUCAUGACAGGCUGCACCAUAUUUGUCAUGCAGGAUGCCUGCAGAUGGAGUGCAGCUGCCCAUUACCCUUUUGCCAUAGACUGCCUGUCACUGUGGCUGGAAAUAAGUAAAUAGUGGUACUGUAGACGACACUAUUUUCACUAUAAAUAUGGCACAGGUUAUAUUGGUGUGGUGGAUGUAAUGUACAUAGUAUAUACAUGACCCUGGUGCUUUUUAAGUCGUCAAUCUCCAACCACAAUAUCGCCAAAAUAGUCUGUAAGUGCAGACUGUUGAAAGGUAUUGUUUGUUGUUCACUAGGUAUUUCUUGCGUGUUAGGUUUUGUCAGGUUAACAAAUACCACAUUGCUGUUUUUUAAAUGUAAAAAUUAAAAUAUUCUGAUAUGUCCCAAAUGUUUGUUUUGUUCACUGAAAUACAUGAA